AUGAUCGACAAUGCCUUGUUCUAUCUCCGUGGCACAAAUGCUCAUCCCUGUGGCGUCAGUCAUAUCUCUAAAGGAGCGGUUGCUGUACGACUACAUAGGCGCGCGUCUAUUUCUCCACCGUCUCCUACUAGCUUCACAGCAUCACAUCAGUUACAGCUGGCAGCAGAUGAUUCACCCUCCAUACCACCCCUAAAUCUCGCCCCAAUGCUAAAAGCAAACCUUGCCUGCCGCGUCCUCUACACAACCGCCGUCUUCUGCGUCAAAUCCAGUAUCCUGCUCUUCUGCCUGCGUCUCGAUCCGCACCUUCGCACCCGUCGCCUCGUUUACGUCUUGCUCGUCUCGGUGGCUUUGCUCACCGUCGUCACAUUCUUUGUGCUGCUGUUUGUCUGUAUGCCGCCGUCGCUGUUUUGGGAUUUGAGUAGGCAGGCACGGGAGCCGGAGAAGUGCUUGACGCAGAGUACGCAGCAGGUUUUCUUUGAGGUGAAUGGCGGGGUAAAAUAUGUGCGCCCCGAUAUGGAGAAGAUGGAGAUGGAGGAAAGUGUGCUGACGGUUUUGAAAGUCGCCCUGGGCGCGCUCCUCUGCGUCGGACUGGUGGCUGUGGUGGCGGGUUGUGUGAGGUUUUACUAUGUGCUUUCUCUGGGGAAAGAGGAGGAUAUUUGGUGGUAUAUGGCGGAUUCGUUGAAUUGGUUUAGUGUUGAGAUUUAUGCUGCCAUCAUAUGCUCCUCAGCUUCCACGCUCAAGAUCCUCGUCAAAACUUAUAUCCCCAGGGUGUGGAAUAGUAGUAUCCACGCGAGCCGGAGCCGCAGUCACAGCAACGGUAGACAUGUGUUUAUGCAGUCAAAUAAUACUUCUACGCGCCACAAGCGGUCGGGUAGUAAGGAAUACUCGACGAAGCCGUGUAGUGCAGGCAGUGAGAAGGAGUUGAGCGAAAGAAAGUAUGGAUUCGACGGGCUGACGGAGAUGGAGAAUGAGAGUGAAGAGGCUAUCGUUGGAUAUUGGGGUUUAGUUGCCGCGAUGCGUUGA